CUACACACACCCUGGCCCAAUUGUCACCUGAAGUGUGGGUGUAUGUGUGCACGCACAGGCCUUUUCAUUUCGCCCUGCUGCAAACAGGAGAUACUCGAUGUAGAAAUCCAGGCAGUGUACAGCAUUGUUAAAAGAGACACGAGUAGAACCUCUUUGAAACAUCUUGUAAAAGAUGCUUUCUCCCCACUUCUGCCAGAGAAAAAAGCUGGGAUGCUGUUACUUAAAUGGUUUGGAACAUAGGAAGCUGCCAUAUACUGAGUCAGACAAUUGGACUAUCUAACUCAGUAUUGUCUACACAGGCUGGCAGUGGCUUCUCCAAGGUUGCAGGCAGGAAUCUCUCUCAGCCCCAUCUUGGAGAUGCUUCUAGGGAGGGAACUUGGAACCUUCUGCUCUUCCCAGAGCGGCUCCAUCCCCUAAGGGGAAAAUCUUACAGUGCUCACAUGUGGUCUCCCAUUCAAAUGCAAUCAGGGCAGAUCCUGCUUAGUGAAGGGGACAUGCUUGCUCCCACAAGACCAGCUCUCCUCUCCUUGAUGAAGGAUCUCUCCAAAAGAUUGCAGACGAUCUCAGCUGAUAAUUAAAACUCAUGUAUAGACUAUUGCAGAAGAAUGCAUGGUUCUGUAGGAAAAUACUUGUAUAAAAAUAAGAAAUAUAGCCUAAGGUUGAACAUUAAGGAGUUACUGACUUUGUCUUUGAGAUAUUUCUCCUAUAACACAGAGGCUUCAUAUGGCACUUGCUUUUUUGCUCCCAUCAGGAUUUUCCCUCUUAUAAGAACUAUGAUUUUAUUAGAUACCAGUGUUAGUUACUUUCUUUUUCCUUUCAUUUCUGCCUUGCGGAAUUGAAAUUGCUUUUUCUUUCCUGCUGCUUUAAAGUAUUACAAAAGAACUUUGUCAAAUACAAGAGACAAAGUUUCCCAUUUUAGAAUUAACAAGGUAAAAAGUAAAACUUGCAUUCUCUAUGAAACAUCCUGUAAUAUAAACUUGUCUGACUUGUCCUUCCAGGUGUAGCCAAUUGGGCUAAUAGGAUCUUUCUUGUGUAAUGCAGAUAUAUAUUUUUUUAAAAAAUAAAAAUAAAAAUUGAGGCUUUUGAGAGUUCCUUCCUCAAUGGGAAAUGGUUGUCUUUUUAAAAGCUGGGCACAGAUUUCUGCUGGAACCUAUUUGGUUCUAGCAAACUUUUUCUUUUUUUCUUUUCAUAGUACUGUGCAUUAGCAAUAGGUGUUUGUGUGUCUGUGUGUUUAACUGGUUGCCUGCAAAAGCAAGCCCUGCCUGGGUCACAUGAAAUUAGAAUCCCCCUCCCCUUGCCUCGUGCAGGUGGGAGGGUGUUUGUCCCAGCCCUGGUCACGAGGCCCAAGGAGCAGCCUUCAUUGGCUGGCUGGCCCAUGGUGGGCGGGGCUUCGUGAGAGGCUGAGCGUUUCUUCGCUUCAGCCUCUCAGUCGCUUUCUGGCUUCCGUGGUGGAAGGAGCUCGAUUGCAGAGCUCCUUCCUUGGAGGCUAGGUGGGGGGAGCGCCCGACAAGCAGGCGAGGCGCACUUUCAGCAGUGUUCCGUCGUGGGGGCUACAGUGACGGCGGCGGCAGCGGUCCCGCUAGUUGUCGGGGACCUCCUUGGGCGUCUUUCGGCCCGGUCGCGGCUGCAGCAUUUCGGGGCCUAGCGGGCCCGCGGCGGCGCAUCUCGGGCGCUUCUCCAGCAGGGCUUUUGUCCUUUGUUGGGAGUUGGGCAUUGGCGGGGUUCCUUGGGCGGUUGGGGGCUGGCGUUUCUCCCCCAAGUCGCUCUAUUUUCCUUUUAAGAGUCUCGUUCCAUCGUGAUUUUGUUUGCUUUGCCUUUGGGGCUUAACGGGCCUGCUUAGGAGUGGGCGUGGGGGGGGCCUUCCAACCCUGCUCUGAGUGGGCUUGUAGGCCCGGGUGGUGACUAGGCGUGGUGCUAAUUCGUUGGGGGGGGGGUCUUUCUACUCUCAGUUAUUUAUAUAUAUAUAUAUAUGAUUUUUUUUUUUUUAAAGGAAAGGUUGGUGAUUUUGUGCUGGUUUUCUGUGGGUGGUUUGUUGGUGGUGUCUAUCCCUUGCGGGUGCACAUUUAUUCAAGAAGAUGCCAGGGAAGGCCAAGGGUAAAAAAGGGGGAUACCCUGUCAGACAGCCCAAGAGGCCUGCUCCCCCGCAAUCAUCUUCGGAUGAAGAGGAUGAAGAGAUGACUCUCAUCCGGGGGUUAAUUGCUAGAAUGGAGGCUUUGGAAAAAGCUAAGGCAGCCCCUUCUGAUAAGGGUGCUGGUCCUUCGGGUGGGGGUGGCGUGCCUCCUCCCAAGGUUCCUCGUCGGACUAGGGGUUCUGUGAAAAGCCAGCUGCUAACUUCUCUUUCUAGUAGGUUGGCCGCGCUUGAAGAUGGGCUAAGCCCUGCCGGACCGGGCCCUGCUACACCGGCGUUACCGCCUCCUGCACCUGAGGUCCCAGUGCCUGAGCCGCCUUCACCGUUGCUACCUCCACCUGCGGCACCGGUCGGCCAGCCACCAGCGGAUCCGGCUAGUCCUUUGGCCCCAGGUGCUGGUGGGGCAGCGGUCCCAGUCCGAGUCCUGAUGUGUGGCCAUUCCUUGGUCUUUUGGGCUUUCAAGCGGGCCAGCACCUCCCGCUGGGGAUCCCAGCUGGGUUUUGGAAGCAAUGCUUCAGUUUACUGGUUGGGCAUGAGGGGCAUGCUCUGGAAUCAGUUGCUUCCAGCGUUAAGGGAUUAUUUAGAUAGGUUUCCCUCUCCCGACAUUCUUGUUCUUCAUCUUGGGGAGAAUGAUUUGGGCCGGCGGCCUGGUCUCGCUAUCUUUCAGCAAGCCUUAUCGGAUUUGGCUGUUUUGCGCAGGUGGAUGCCUGGCGUAUACGUUAUUUGGAUUAAUUGGCUCCAACGCAGAGUUUGGCGUGGUGCUCGCUCUGGUCUCAGUUUAGAGGAAGCACGUAGAAAAAUUUCAGCUGCAAUAGGCAGACUGGUGAUAGCAGCUGGGGGGUCUGUGGUUUGGCAGCUGGCUUUGGCUGCUCGCUUCCCCGAGCUCUUCUGCCCUAACGGGGUGCAUCUUUCCGAAAAAGGUUGUGAUUUAUAUUUACACAAUAUCCGUGAGGCCCUUGCUGAAAGUUUAGGCAAGUGUGGGGCAGGAAGGUCAAGCGAUGGCUAACCUUCCUGGGUGGCAGGAACAGUGCGGGCUGUGGGGUAAGGAGGUAUAGAUUUAGGUGAGCACCCUUGGGCAUUUUUAAGGUGGAUUGGUCAAUCGCUUCCUUGUGGCCUGUGCGGCACGGGAAGACUUUGAUUGCCAAGAAACCUGCUUCAGGGCUUCACCAACCUUUGGGCUGUGCGGUCCGGGGAGGUAAAGAUCCGAAGCUGUUCAGAUCCCCUCUUUAAAAGGGGGGGGUUGGCUUUGAAGGAAUUGGGCAGGAGCUGCCUGCCUCUUUCCUGAGCCAGGGUGUGUCGCCCUUGCUGGCAAUGGGUAGGACGUUUUGAAUCCUAGCGCAUGCCUAGGUGCCCGCACUGUUUAAGUUGGUGAUUAAUCACCUUGUUUCAGGCCGCCAUGCCUGUUGUUGUUAAAUAUUAAUAAAGUGUGGCCUGUUUCU